AAUUAAGUUUCGCAAAGGGAAAUUACCGAAUUGUAUUGGAAUUGUUCGAAGGGCCGCCAGUCACUCACCUGGGCUUCAAAAGAUAGAUUGGAGUUUUGUGUAAAAAAUGACAAAAAAAAAAAGGACGUCCGUUUCGAUGGAAAGAGUGUAUAAAUUCGCCGAAAAUGCGAAUCUGAAUGAUCAUUAAUUACGUUCCCUCCCACCCCCUGUCUCCCGUUUUUCGGGAUUCCUUCUUUUCGCUCCUCAGUCUAUUGCGCCACAUUUGGCCGGCGACACAUCACUGCGAUACUCUGAUCUUAUUUUCAUCGAUAUGCGCUCCCUCUUUGUCCUCGUGAUCCUUUCACACGAAUUAUUUCGAUGUCUGGGUAUCUCUACCUGUGCUUCUGAAUAUUAUGGAGUUGCGAAAUUAAUGAUCAGCCUGAUUUGCAUUUUCUGCGUCACUGCAGCAUUUUUAUUUAUUCUUUCCUUGCACCAUCGAAACGGAUGGCUUCGACGAUUUUUCGUGUCAUUUUUUAAACACGGCUCCGAUCUGCUUUUUGGAGCACAGUUUAGCAGUGCCUCUAUGGUCGGUGCUGCAAUUUGGGAAUAUGAGCGUAUCAGAAGCCAGACGUACAAGAUAAUCCAACGUUACAGACAGUUUCGAAUUAAUCGAACAGGAUGGAGGGGCGAAAUAGAGACAUGGUGGAGAAACUUGACAGAGGGACAGAAGAUGUUCGUGCCUAUAUGUUUUAUAAACGUAGUGACAUUCUUAGCUUGGCGAGUGCCAGCUUUCCAGAAAACGAUGGUGCGCUAUUUUUGCGCUAAUCCUGCCAAUGCGACGUGCUGGCCGAUGCUGCUUUCCACUUUUUCACAUUAUUCCAUAUUCCAUUUGGCUGCAAAUAUGUACGUGUUACAUAGCUUCAGCACGAUAGCUGUGACAACGUUAGGAAAGGAGCAAUUUUUAGCUCUGUAUUUAUCGAGUGGAGUAAUAGCCAGUUUUGCUAGUCAUGCGUACAAAAUUAUGUUUGGUGUGCCUGGUCUUUCUUUAGGAGCGUCAGGGGCAAUUAUGGGUGUUCUUGGAUUUAUCUGUACACAAUAUCCUGACAUACGACUCAGUAUCAUUUUUCUUCCUAUGUUUACCUUUACAGCUGGUAUGGCAAUCAAAGGAAUAAUGGCUAUGGAUGUUGUUGGUUGCACCUUAGGAUGGAAGUAUUUUGAUCAUGCUGCGCAUUUAGGUGGUGCACUAUUUGGAAUAUUUUGGCAAAUUUGGGGCAAUGCUAAUAUCUGGCAAAAACGGGAACCACUUCUGACCUUGUGGCAUAGGUUCCGAGAAUAUAGUAGAUCACAAUGAUAUUUUUCUUAUUCUAAAUUUUUGUUUACGCAAUAUUCCUAAAUUGUAAAGUUUCUAUUAUCUCGAAAAACAAAUUUAUAUAUGCAUUAUAUAUUUUUAUUAUCUAUACACCGUUUUUACAUAAUGAAAUAUAACUUUAUCACUUCUCCAAAAAGAAAAACAAUAAACAUAGACAUUAAAAUAAUAAUUCAUGUAAAAAUUUUUAUAGAAAAAUGCGAGUCUUUGGAGAAGAUUUAGUAUCAUUUAAUUCAUAAUUGUAAAUCUCUUGUCAAAAAUAUAAUAUAGAUUGCAAUAUUUCAAAAAUCCAAUGCCUUUAACAAUAUUGAACAUACUUAACUUUUAAGAUAUUUUAUAUGAUGCUUGAAGUGAUCCUCGAUAAAUGUAGCUAUAAAGUAAUAGCUAUGAUCAUAACCAUCCUGAAAUCUGAGAGCGAGUGCAAUCCCGUUAUCCUUGGCAGCAUUUAAUAAAUUUUCUGGUAAUAAUU